AAGAAAGAAAGUGAAACAAUGCUUAAAUUAACUCUGCACAAAAGAAAACAGAGAAACAAUUUCAUGGCGUCUUCAAAGCUUAAAGCUUUCUGGAAUCAUCCUGCGGGUCCUAAAACCAUUCAUUUUUGGGGUCCAACGUUCAAAUGGGGCAUUAGCAUAGCAAAUGUAGCAGAUUUUGCCAAGCCACCUGAGACUAUCUCGUACCCCCAACAAAUUGUUGUAGCAGCCUCUGGACUCAUUUGGACACGAUAUGGCAUGGUUAUUUCACCGAUAAACUGGAAUUUAUCAAGCGUAAAUUUCGCAAUGUCCGUGACUGGGUUCUGCCAAAUUUCUAGGAAAAUUUGGCAUGAUACCUCUUCUAAGAGUAAGGAUAUAACACCUGCUGUAGAGAAAUGAUAUGUGCAGUGUUGCACAGCACAUUCAGAUAUAUAUUCAGUACAAUUCCUUGCUGUAAUAGUCUUAUUCUGUAGAAUUUAGUACAUGACUUGUGAAAUUUGAGCACCCUGAUUUCUGACUGAUGAUACAUGCUGCCUAACAAAGGCACACCAUUAGAUGUUUUUAUAGAAGUAUAUGCUAAGUAAUAUAAAAAUCUUUACAUGACAAAUGAAUUUGAUGGAUUUGGUCCAAGUUCUAGUGUAAGGCGAGCACUCAGUAAGUGAGAGCAAAAUUUUCUAGUGUGAGUACUAUAAGGAAGGGUAUUGUCACAAUUAGAUUAAUCGGGUUCGGUCGGAGUGAGGUGCAUGGGUCAAAACUUUAACGAGUCGGGUUUGCAAAUCUUUAAUGGAUUGUGGCGGGUCAAUGCUCAUGUAGACUUACCCUGUCCCAACCCGUUUAAAAAAGUUUAUCUAAUGAUCUUUUAGUCUGAUUUUAUAGCACGUUAGGUCGACCUGACUAUAUUUAAAAUAAUGUCAUGUAAAAAUU